AUCCAUUUGAAGUACACUUGAAAUACACUGUCUAUGUUCUUGGCAAUGGAAGAAGGAGGCUUUUUCUAUUAUUCAACUUUCGUUUACGGAUUAAAUGCUCAACAUGGUGUUACUUUGAGCACACCUACGUCUUUUGGCAAUCCCGUUGCUGGAGGUAAUAAUAGUAUGGACAUGGGGGUAGUUGUUCGCUCUAGCAAACCUUUCGCAAUGGUUGAUGAAAUUACAAAAGGAUCUUCAGCAACAGUAGAUAGCUUACAGCUUGGAAAUCAAAUUGUAAACUUUGGGAAUAUGAAAAUAGGUAAGAACUUGGUACAGAAGCUUAUUACUGAAGCUCAGAUAAAUCAGAGCCAUGCAAUGCUUGUGGUAGUUAUGGGGCAAGGUAUUUUCAUAAAUUUGACCAUAAAACGCAACUCUUGGCAAUGUCAUGACCUACUUGGUACGUUACAUUCUAAUCAUAUUUUAUAUUUUUCCCUUUUGUUUAAACUAUGUUUCAAUUGGUCAAUAAAUCUCAUUUAUGCAAGUGAAUCAUGA